AUGUGCAAUGUCAGCUCCAUCACUCAGUUGCUCCUCUUGGCAUUCACAGACACAUGGGAGCUGCAGCUCUUGCACUUCUGGCUCUUUCCAGCCAUUUACCUGGCUGCCCUCCUGGGAAACAGCCUCAUCACUGCCACAGCCUGUGACAACCACCUCCACACCCUCAUGUACUACUUCCUCCUCAACCUCUCCCUCCUUGUCCUGGCCUCCAUUUCCACCACUCUCCCAAAAGCCAUGGCCAAUUUCCUCUGGGACAACAAGGUAAUCUCCUACUUGGGAUGUGCUGCCCAGCUGUUUUUCUUUUUCUUUCUGAUAUCUGCAGAAUACUGCCUUCUCACUGUCAUGGCCUAUGAUCGCUAUGCUGCCAUCUGCAAACCCCUGCACUAUGAGACUCUCCUGGGCAGCAGAGCUUGUGUCCACAUGGCAGCAGCUGCCUGGGGCAGUGUUUUUCCCUAUGCUGUGCUGCACAUGGCAAAUACAUUUUCACUAUUCCUCUGCCAAGGCAAUGUCUUGGACCAGUUCUUCUGUGAAAUCCCCCAGAUCCUCAAGCUCUCCUGCUCAGACUUCUACCUCAGGGAAGUCUGGCUUCUUGUGGUCAGUGUCUGUGUAGCAUUUGUGUGUUUUAUAUUCAUUCUUUUUUCCUAUGUGCAGAUCUUCAGGGCUGUGCCGAGGAUCCCCUCUGAGCAGGGAUAGCACAAAACCUUUUCCAUGUGCCUCCCUCACCUGUCUGUGGUUUCCCUGUUUCUCAGCACUGCAACAUUUUCCUACCUGAAGCCACCCUCCAUCGCCUCUUCAUCCCUUGACUUGAUGAUUGCUGUUUUGUACUCAGUGGUGCCUCCAACACUGAACCCCCUUGUCUAUAGCAUGAGGAACCAGGAGCUCAAGGAUGCUCUGAAGAAAAUGAUAACUGGAUCUUUUUUCAGCAGCCUUAUACUGCCAGCCUUCCUCUGCAAAUAA